AUGGCUUCUUCUGUAUCUGGGCCUGUUCCUUUGCCGGCCUCCCGCUAUGACUUGAGCACAUAUUUGGGCCGUGUGCGCCAUUGCGCCGAGAUUUCAGAUCCCACCAUGUUGUUGAAUACCACCAAAGACAUCGAAACAGCAAAAAUGAAAGUUUGGGACUACAAAAACGGUGUGAUACCCAAAAUGACCGAAGAAUUAUGGAAAGCCAAGAAAGUUUUGGACUCUUCUGUACAUCCCGAUACAGGAGAGACGGUGGUUUUACCCUUUAGAAUGAGCUCUUGUGUACUUUCCAACUUGGUAGUUACAGCCGGUAUGCUCACACCAGGCUUGGGAACCGCAGGAACACUUUUUUGGCAGAUUGCAAACCAGUCGCUCAAUGUGGCUAUCAAUACAGCUAAUUCAAACAAGAGUCAUCCGCUCACCACGAAGCAAAUCGCUACCAAUUAUACUUGGGCCGUGGGUGCUUCAUGUUCUGUUGCUCUUGGACUCAAUGCUCUCGUUCCUAAAUUGAAAAAUAUUUCUCCUCUGACAAAGACAGUUUUGACCAGAUUGGUUCCAUUUGCAGCCGUGGCUUCGGCGGGUAUUCUCAAUGUCUUUUUGAUGAGAAGCGAGGAGAUUAGAAAGGGAAUAUCUGUAUUUGACGCUGAUGGAAAAGAUAGAGGAAAUUCUAAAAUUGCAGCAUGGUAUGCUGUCGGCGAGACUGCAGCUAGCAGAGUUAUUAACUCAACUCCGAUCAUGGUAGUUCCACCAUUGAUCCUUGUCAGAUUGCAAAAACUGAAAUUUCUCAGAGGAAAGCCAAAAUCUUUCGAAGUUUUGACUAACAUUGGUUUGAUCUUUGUAACGUCUUUAGCCGUACUUCCUUUUGCGUUGGCGGUUUUUCCACAAAGACAAGCAUUGGCGGUGCUGAGUUUGGAACCUAAAUUUCAAGGGUUGAAGGAUAAGAACGGAAACGAGGUGACACAGUUGGAGUUCAACAGAGGUAUUUAA